AUGAAGGCCUUGUUCCUCUUCACCACAAUCCUUCUAAUUUCUCUACAUCCUAUAUCUCAAGCACAAACCCUAGACGUACCAAUUCCGAAGCUACCGGUACCCCUACCGCCAAUUCCAAACAUCCCUUUGAUCUUCUCGGACACACGACUCGAAAUCGUUUAUCCAGUCAUUCAAGCCUUUAAGCGACUCAUCACGUCCGACCCGCUCAACGUGACCGCCACCUGGAUCGGGCCAGACGUCUGCAGAUACAGGGGCUUCUUCUGCGGGCCCCCUCCCGACAACUUGUCCGCCACCGCGGUCGCCUCAGUCGACUUCAACGGUUUCGGGCUUUCCUCGCCCUCGAUCGCCGGUUUUCUCGACCGCCUGCCAGACAUCGCCGUUUUCCACGCGAACUCGAACAAUUUCUCGGGCAAUUUCCCUGCGAACAUAGCUCGACUCCGCUACCUAUACGAGCUCGACAUCAGCAACAACAAGUUUUCGGGCCCAUUCCCAUUCUCCAUCCUCGGAAUGGGCCUUUCAUAUCUCGACAUACGGUUCAACUCGUUCACUGGCUCGGUUCCCCCAGAGGUCUUUGCGCGGGGGAUCGACUUCCUCUUCCUCAACAACAACGACUUCGUGACCCGACUGCCCGAGAGCUUCGGGCCAGACGCGGGCCUCGCUUACCUAACCCUAGCUAACAACAAGUUCUACGGGCCCAUCCCGCGUGGCAUUUCCCGGGCUUUAUCGGGCCUUUCCGAAGUUCUCCUUCUCAACAACUCACUAAGCGGAUGCCUACCAUACGAGUUGGGCCUAUUAAAAGAUGCGAUUGUUUUCGACGCGAGCAAUAAUGAUCUAACGGGCCCGCUUCCUUUUUCCUUAGGGUGUUUGCAAAACUUGGAGGUUUUGAAUUUUGCCGGGAACAUGUUGUAUGGGAACAUUCCGGAAGCGAUAUGUCGGCUUGGGAAGCUGGCGAAUUUGUCGCUUUCGGGUAAUUAUUUUAUGCAGGCGGGGCCCGUUUGCGCGUCGUUGAUCGAGAAGGGCGUGCUUGAUGUGAGGGGGAAUUGUAUUCCGGGGCAGGGGAUGCAGAGGAGUAUGGCAGAGUGUGCGGGGUUUUUCGCGCGUCCACAUUACUGUCCGUACACGGACACGUAUACUAAAUUUCCCUGUUGGCUUCCCAAUUUUGGUUCUCCGGAUUAUCCACCUGGACUGGCGCCUGAGUCUUCUUGA